UUGAGUAAAUAAAAUCAUUUGUGGCUGAUGCAAUAUCACAGUCACUAAUCGUAAGAUAAGUUAAAUAAAUAAUUUCUUGUGCGAAACGCGUUGAAGUGUUCAAGAAGUAAUUGUAUUCAGAAUGGCAGAAGAUGAAGGUAUUUUUGAUCCUUCUUUGAAAAAGAAGAAGAAAAAGAUCAAAAAAACCAAAUAUGACAUAGAUGCAGCCUUUGCAGAAGGUACUAGUGAAGAAGUUUCAGAACCACAAUUAAAUACCAAUGAAGCAGAGGUUCCUUUUAAGGAAGAGGAGGUUGUGGACAACAAUGUAGACGUAGACCUUGAUUUCACAAAAAAGAAGAAGAAGGGCCGAAAGAAGCCAGUUGGUACCGAUGAUUUGGAUGUGGCCGUAAGUGAAGUAAAAGACAAAGGAGGCGUUCAGGAUGAGGAUGUUGGUGAAGAUAAUUUUGACAUAGAUUUGCUCACCGAUCUUAGUAAAACAAAAAAGAAGAAAAAUAAGAAGAAAAAAGAUUUUGAUGAGCUGAUGGCUGAAGAAAAAUUGGAUGAUAAGGAAAAUGGCUGCAAUAUUGUUGAAAGAAUAUCAGAGACGGUGGAUGAAAAUUCAGUUACCUGGACGGGAUCAGAUCGUGAUUACACAUAUGAAGAACUUUUGAAUAGAGCCUUCGAAAUAAUGAGGGACAAAAAUCCUGAUAUGGCAUCAGGGAAAAAGCAAAAGUUUGUCAUGAGACCUCCCCAAGUGGUAAAGAUUGGCGCUAAGAAAACAUCAUUCGCUAACUUCACGGAAAUCUGCAGAAUGCUCCACAGGCAAGCCAAACAUCUGUUGGAUUUCUUGCUGGCAGAACUGGGUACUAGUGGAUCUGUCGAUGGCAACAGCCAAUUAAUCAUUAAGGGUAGAUUUCAACAAAAGCAAAUUGAAAAUGUAUUAAGAAGAUAUAUUAAGGAAUAUGUUACUUGUCAUACCUGCAGAUCACCUGAUACAAUAUUGCAAAAAGACACCAGAUUGUUUUUCUUGCAAUGUGAAACCUGCGGGUCCAGGUGUUCAGUAGCUAGCAUAAAAUCUGGUUUCCAGGCUGUAACAUCCAAACGUGCCGCGAUCCGAGCAAAAACAGCUUAGGUAGUCAAAUAGCAAUUUGCAAUAUCGAAAUUUAUAUAAUAAUUGAUAUUAUAGAAGCCACAUUUUUAAUGAUUAUACGUUUGUGUUGUAAGUAUUGGUUUUGCUUUUGACAUUCAACAUAGAAUUUUUUUUUUGACUUUUCAAAAUCAUCUGAAUAAAAGUCAUUAUUUUUUAUUGCACAUGGCAUCAGUUUCAAACAGAAGACUGUUUCUUGUAACAGAGUAAUUAAUAUACCAUUACCGGUU